AUGCCAGGCCAGAGGCUGUCAAGGGGCCAUCAGGUGCUGGUGGUACUGGUGGCCACACUGGGCUGGCUGCUGGCCCUACAGCUGCUGAUUGAUCUGCGGGCUCUGGGGCUGCUCUGUGGGGUGCUGGUGGCACUGGGUGGCUGGCUGGGCCCCCGUGCCCUCAGCCCAUCUGGCCGGCGGCUGCGGCUGGAACGCUUUGUCAGCUCCCUGCAGCCUCUGCCUCACUGCCCAACGGCUGAGGGGAGGCUGGAGAGGGAGAUCGCCAGCACCAUCCGCAAAGUGGUGCGGGACUUUGUCGCUUCCUGGUACCGCACUGUCAGCAGUGAGCCAGCCUUUGAGGCUGAGGUGGAGAAGGCCAUGAUGGGCCUGGCCACUGAGCUGAGGCGGCGGAUGGGGCGAGUGGACCGCCAAGUCCUGGCUCGCCGCCUUCUCCUCCUGUGCGGCCAUCACUUGCAGAGCUACCUGCAGGCCUGUGAGGCCCUGAGGGGUGAUCCGGAGGGUGGCCGAACCCUGUGGCAGGAGUACAGCCGGCUGGCUGGGCCGCACCCUGCCCUCCACAGCCCGGCGGCUGAGGUGGGCUAUGCCAGGGCUGCUGUGGAGACGCUGCUACGGGCACUGGUGCCCUGGCCCCAUCUGGAGACACGGACAGGACGCUUUGUGGUGGUGGAGCUGGUCGCCUGUAAUGUGCUUCUGCCAGCCAUCAGGAAGAUGGCUGAUCCUGACUGGAUCAACCUGCUGCUCAUUGGGGCAUUCUCCAAGAAGCCCAAGGGUGAGGAGCCACCCCCUGCACCCCCAGUGCCUGAUUUCUUGCCCUUCAUGGUGCAGACGGAUGCUGCCCCUGCUGGGCUGCCCCCCUCUCCGAGGGCCAUGGAGGUGUCUGGGCGAGAGGCCGGGGCUGCAGGUGAGGAGGGAGAGGACCCUGCAAGUGGGCUGUGCCGCACAGAGGAGCCUUUUCUCCGCCCGCGAGCCCUGGGCUCCCUCUUCCCUUGCGAGGGUUUGGAGCUGGAGUCCCCUGCGCCUGAUGCGGGCCAGGACACAGACCUGCUGGCACCGUCACCUGCAGGGGAGUUCCUCGAUGAACCUCCCCAGGACAUCGCCACUGUGCUAGAAUAUGGUGUGGGGGACCUGGAGGAGGGUAUUGCCACCAGUUCUGAUGCUGGCCCCCUUCCCACCUCUGCUUUUGCUCUGAGUUCCUGCCCUGAUAUCCAGAUUGACCCAGCAAUUGAGAAGGAAGGAGAAAGCCCAGCUGUCCUCAAGAAGUCUUCUUUGCAGAGGCCCUCCAGCUUGGGGAAAGAUCUGGGGGCAGCAGAGGGCCCACCACAAAGCCCCCCAGACCCAGGCCAAACUCUGCCCCUGAUCUCAUCCUCCCCAACGGCUUCCGUCAGCACCUUCAGCUUUGAGCCGCUCAGCAGCCCCGAUGGGCCAGUCGUCAUCCAGAAUCUGCGGAUAACGGGGACCAUCACUGCCCGAGAGCACAGUGGGACUGGCUUCCACCCCUACACCCUGUACACUGUCAAGUAUGAGACAGCCCUGGAGGGUGAGAGCACGGGCAGCCUUCAGCAAAUGGCUUACCACACUGUGAACCGCCGUUAUCGGGAGUUCCUCAACCUCCAGACCAGACUGGAGGAGAAACCAGAGCUCCGCAAGUUCCUGAAAAAUAUCAAAGGCCCCAAGAAACUGUUCCCUGAUCUCCCAUUUGGAAACAUGGACAGCGAUAAAGUGGAAGCCAGAAAAAGUCUCCUAGAAUCUUUCUUGAAGCAAUUGUGUGCGGUUCCUGAGAUUGCAAACAGUGAGGAGGUGCAGGAGUUCCUCGCCCUGAACACUGAUGCAAGGAUUGCGUUUGUCAAGAAGCCCUUUGUUGUCUCCAGGAUAGACAAGAUUGUUGUCAAUGCCAUUGUGGACACCCUGAAGACAGCAUUCCCCAGGUCAGAGCCCCAGAGCCCCACGGAGGAUCUUAGCGAGUCUGAAGUGGAUGGGAAAUCUCAGACAGACGGGAAGAAGGCUAACAAGUCCAGGCUGAGGUUCUCAUCCAGUAAAAUUGCUCCAGUGCUGAGUGCGAGUGAAGCACAUGACAGGAUCGUGUACUCUGUCAGGGAGGGCACCGCUGUCUCUGGCACCCUGUCGUUGGCUGCUAUGGAGUCCUUCAUCCAGAAGCAGGAGAAACUGCUGGAGGCAGUCCCCAGCAAAACUGCUGAAGGCGAGGGAGGCAGAGAAACUAAGGAAAGCUCCAUGCAGCAGGAUAUGGACGGGCUGGACACAUCGGAGCAGGGGGCACAUGCGGACACAGACUCUGACUCUGAGACGGCUUUGGCUGACUUGGCCCUGGACGUGCUUCGUCUGCUGCUGAUGGAUCACUGGAGCUGGCUGUGCACGGAGAACAUCCAGAAGGUCUUCCACCUCCUCUUCGGGACUCUUAUUCAAAGGUGGCUGGAAGUCCAGGUGGUUAACCUGACCUGCACCCAGCGUUGGGUCCAGUACCUCCAGUUGCUACAGGAAUCCAUCUGGCCUGGAGGAGUUUUACCAGCAGUGCCUAAACCAGCCAGGACAGAGCAACAGAAGAAAGCAGCAGCAGAGCAGGCCCUGCAGAGCCUGAUGGGGAUCUUGCCUAAUGUGAUCCAAGAAAUCCUUGGAACCAGUAAAUGUCGGAUGAGCUGGAACCUGGUCCUGGAGUCCCUGGGCCAGCCUGUGAUAAACAGGCACCUGGUUUUCUGCCUCUUGGACAUUCUGCUGGAGUUCUUGGUUCUGAAGGGCUCCAGCAAUGAGCUCAAGACCGCAGCUGUCGCGCCGUCUGCCUCUAGUGGCCUGGAGAAAGCAGGCAUUUCAGCGCAUUAGCCAGGGCUGGUGUAGCCAGCAGUGGAGGAGAGAAGCAGCCACAGGCAUGGGAUGAUUUGAUUUUCAGUGUUUACUGAACAUGUCUGGGAGCUUCUUGUAAAGAAUUUUUCCAGCUGGUCCUAAAUGAGGCUGCUUCCAGGCUUCUCCGUUUUGGCUGGG